GGGGGCGACACAGAACGAACCGUGAAAUGAAUCGCAGUCUGCCACCAAUAUGGAAAGAUGUGCCUCGGUGUCCGAGGGCGAAGAUAUAAAAGACGCGAUAGGGAGCUGAAUGGAAGGUUUGCUCGAUUUUGAACUUUGACUCAAUCAUCAUGGCUUCAUCACCAAGCCGUAUAGCCGAGCUGGCCGCUGCCAUCACACAUCACACUGCGCGAGUGGAUGGAUUUCUGUCCGAGAAGAACCUGCCACAGCCGUCUUUUGAUAUUGACUGCCCGGUCGAUCUUGGACUACCUGCCGACAUCGAGGAGUCGCGUAUUGCCGUUCUUCGAGCAACUCAGGAGCUGAACGAUCUUCUCAAAGGUCCAAAGGGACUCCUCUUCAACCAUCAGUCUAAUUUAUUGGUCCAUCUCAAACUCAUCGCUCGUCAUGAUAUCGCGAAAAAGGUGCCGGUGAAUGGCGAAUCAACAUUCAAAGAGGUUGCAGCAAGCAUAGGUCUGGACGAGGGAGCUGUCACACGUAUCCUUCGCAUGGGCAUUGCGCAUCGCAUAUUUCAAGAGCCUCGCCCUGGCGUGAUGGCGCACUCUGCAGCUUCGAGACAGCUUGCAGAUGAUCACGGUGCGUUAGACUGGGCUAGAACAAAUGUUGAAGAGAUGUGGCCUGCGGCUGAAAAGCUUGUGGAGGCAUUGGAGAAGUGGCCCGAGGCCACUGAACCCAAUCACACCGGAUUCUCGCUGUCACACGGAACCGAUUUGCCUUUCUAUGCAGUGCUAGACAGCGAUCCGGCACGAGCUCGUCGUUUUGGCGAUGCGAUGAGCUUCCUCGCCACGGGCGACGGGUUUUCGUUGCGCCACUUGACAGAUGGAUAUCCGUGGCAGUCUGUGGCUUCAGGUACCGUUAUAGACAUGGGCGGCUCUCACGGCGACGCAGCCUUUGCUCUCGCUCGCAAACACCCCGACCUCCAUCUCAUAGUGCAAGAGCUCCCAGCAGUUGUUGCGAAUUCCAAAGAACAGGAUGGCCUCAACGUUAAGUUUAUGGCCCACAAUUUCUUUGAUGAGCAACCUGUCAAAGGCGCCGACGUUCACUAUUACCGCCGGGUCUUACACAAUUGGUCUGACAAGUAUUGCUUCAAAGCGCUCAGGGCACUGAUACCGGCUUUGAAGAAGGGCUCACGGCUAUUGAUCGUGGACACGAUUAUGCCGCCUCCAUGUGUACUUCCCAAUGACAUUGACCGAAAAAUUAGGAGUGUCGAUCUGGUCAUGCUGGAAAUUGGCAAUGCCAAGGAACGCACUCUAGAUGAGUGGAAGAUUUUGCUUCAAGAAGCGGAUGGGAGAUUCAAGUUCCGCGAAGUCUAUCAGCCUCAAGGAUCUAAACUGGCAAUUAUCGAAGCUGUCUGGGAAGAAUAG